AUGGGGAAGGGGGGCAACCAAGGUGACGGGGGCCCCGAGCGCGAGGCCACCGUACCCACCUUCAGAUGGGAGGAGAUUCAGAAGCACAACCAGAGCAAUGACAUGUGGUUUGUCAUUGAGCGUAAGGUCUACGAUAUCUCCACAUGGUGCAAGCGCCACCCGGGAGGCAAGCGGGUCAUCUCGCACUACGCCGGGGAAGAUGCUACGGAUGCCUUCAUCGCCUUCCACCCCGACCUGAACUUCGUGCGCAAGUUCAUGAAGCCCCUGCUGAUUGGGGAGCUGGCCCCGGAUGAGCCCAGCCAGGACCGUGGCAAGAAUUCUCCGAUCAUCGAGGACUUCCGGGCCCUGAGGAAGACCGCUGAGGACAUGAAGCUGUUCGAGAGCAGUCACCUGUUCUUCCUCCUGGUCUUGGCCCACAUCAUCGUGCUGGAGGUCGCCGGCUGGUUCAUCAUCUCUUACUUCGGCAACGGCUGGAUUUCGACCAUCCUCGCCGCCUUUGUCCUUGCUACCGCUCAGGCUCAGGCUGGGUGGCUGCAACAUGACUACGGCCACCUCUCUGUCUACAAGAAGUCCUGGUGGAACCACGUCGUCCACAAGUUCACGAUCGGCCACAUGAAGGGAGCCUCAGCCAACUGGUGGAACCAUCGCCACUUUCAGCAUCACGCCAAACCCAACAUCUUCCACAAGGACCCGGAUGUGAACAUGCUGCAUGUGUUUGUCCUGGGAACAAAGCAGCCCGUCGAGUAUGGCAUGAAGAAGAUCAAGCACAUGCCCUACAACCACCAGCACGAGUACUUCUUUCUGAUUGGACCACCUCUGCUCAUCCCCAUGUACUUCCAGUACCAGAUCAUCAUGACCAUGAUUGUCCGCAGAGACUGGGUGGACUUGGCCUGGGCCAUCAGCUACUACGUUCGUUACUUCUUCACCUACACCCCUCACUUUGGCUUUCUAGGAUCUAUCCUCUUCCUCAACUUCAUCAGGUUCCUGGAGAGCCACUGGUUCGUGUGGGUCACGCAGAUGAAUCACAUUGUCAUGGAGAUUGACCGCGAGCCCUACCAAGACUGGUUCAGCAGCCAGCUGGCAGCCACCUGCAACGUGGAGCAGUCCUUCUUCAAUGACUGGUUCAGCGGUCACCUCAACUUCCAGAUCGAGCACCACCUCUUCCCCACCAUGCCUCGGCACAACUUGCACAAGAUCGCACCCCUGGUGAAGUCCAUGUGUAACAAGUACAACAUUGAGUACCAAGAGAAGCCACUACUCAGGGCGCUGAUCGACAUUGUGGGCUCCCUGAAGAAGUCCGGGCAGCUCUGGCUGGACGCCUAUCUCCACAAAUGA